AUGUACACCACCAGAACCGCCACUGCUUGCUCCAGGACCACCGGCCGGAGCGCCGCCCAGGCUCUCAAGGCUCUCAAGGCUCUCAAUGGCUUGCCACACCAGGCAGUCAUUGUGAGCCUCAGGCCCGGCCUCGUCUCCAUCCAGCAGCAGCCAUGGCCCGUCUCGAAGAGGACCUUCUCUUCGACCCCCACCACCCGUAUCAAGGAAUUCUUCCCCGAAAAGGAAACAGAGAGCAUCCGAAAGACGCCUGCCUCGUGGGAACACCCAUUUUACACCUAUGAACAGAUGAACGCAGUCAAGGUUGCCCAUCGAGAGGCAAAGACAUGGUCGGACUGGACGGCGCUGGCCAUGACGAGAGUGCUUCGCUGGGGACUGGACCUGGCUUCGGGCUACAAGCACGCCAAACCUGGCGAGAAGACCAUGACGGAGCGCAAGUACAUGAUCAGGAACGUCUUCCUCGAGAGCGUGGCCGGCGUGCCCGGCAUGGUCGCCGCCGUCAUCCGCCAUCUGCACUCGAUGCGGCGCAUGAAGCGCGACAACGGCUGGAUCGAGACGCUCCUCGAGGAGUCGUACAACGAGCGCAUGCACCUGCUCACCUUCCUCAAGAUGGCCGAGCCGGGCUGGUUCAUGCGCCUGAUGGUGCUCGGCGCCCAGGGCGUCUUCUUCAACGCCAUGUUCAUCUCCUACCUCAUCUCGCCCCGCAUCUGCCACCGCUUCGUGGGAUACCUGGAGGAAGAGGCCGUCAUGACGUACACGCGCGAGAUCGAGGACCUCGACGCCGGCCGCCUGCCCAUGUGGGAGAACAUGCAGGCCCCGGACAUCGCCGUCGACUACUGGAAGAUGCCCGAGGACCGCCGCUCCAUGCGCGACCUGCUCCUGUACAUCCGCGCCGACGAGUCCAAGCACCGCGAGGUCAACCACACGCUGGGCAACCUCGACCAGAAGCAGGACCCGAACCCCUACGUCAGCCAGUACAAGGACGCGACCAAGCCGCACCCCACCAAAGGCAUUGAGUGGCAGCGCCCUGCUGGCUGGGAGCGCAGCGAGAUCGUUUGA